CUUGUGUGUGGUCGCGAUGAGCGCGGCCGCGGUGCUGCUGGCCUUGCUGGCGUCGCCGGCCGCCGCGUUGAACGCCGCGCAGGAUACCGCGCUGGACGUCGCGCAAGACGCUGCUAUGGACGCUGCGUUGGACGCCGAACUGGACCGCAAGGACGAGGCGGCUCUCGCACAGAUGGAUGCUGAUUUGGAAUUAACGGACGAAGAAAAACGAGCAUGGUCUAGCUUACACGGUGGUGGCGGGUGGGGAAAGAGAGGCUGGCAGGACAUGAGCUCCGUGUGGGGCAAGCGGGCGUGGCAGGACCUCAACCCCGCUUGGGGCAAGCGCGGCUGGCAAGAUCUCAACUCGGCAUGGGGCAAACGGGGAUGGCAGGACUUGAACUCGGCCUGGGGAAAGAGGGGCUGGCAGGAUCUAAACUCGGCCUGGGGCAAGCGGGGAUGGCAGGAUCUUAACUCGGCGUGGGGCAAACGCGCGUCGAACGAUGUGAACCAGGCUCCCUGGGAAAAGAGGGGAUGGCAAGACAUGAGUUCUGCCUGGGGCAAGCGUAGUUGGCAAGACAUGAGCUCGGCAUGGGGCAAGCGCGGUUGGCACGACAUGAGCUCGGCGUGGGGCAAAAGAUCGCCAACUUCGAAAUGGGCAAACUUCCACGGCUCGUGGGGCAAGAGGGCUAUGACGGAACCCGAAAUCGAAGAUUAUGAAAUGGCAGUGGAAUCAGUAGUUCCCAUCCGACAAGUGGAGGAGGCGGCUGACAAGGACGCCAUGGAGCAUCCCGAGAAGAAGGCGUGGUCCGCUCUGCACGGCGCCUGGGGCAAGCGGCCCGCCAAGCAGCCCUACGCUAGCGGAUCGUAUUAUUGGAAGCGGGAGCCCGGCUGGACGAACUUGCGCGGCAUGUGGGGCAAGCGCGCGCAGUGGCUCCCCGACAUACACGUCCUCAGUAUGGACGAGCACGAAAGUAAUGGGCGAGGUGUUGCGCGCGGGCAGGCUGGCCGGGGAGGGCAGGGCGAGGCGGCCUAGGCAAUCCCCACGCGAUCCAGCCCACGUCGACCGUCAGCUGAACAACUGAACAUACCGCUGCUGCUGUUUGUCCGUCUCUGUAUCUACAGUUUAUAAUCUAGUGUGAAAGUGUAACGCUGUGUGGCGGAUAGGAAUGGCGGCACAAGUUCCUAUUUAAGUUUCUCUCCUGUUCCUUGUCUAUUAAUCCUUAUCAAUUAGUUUGUUACUCAAAAUUACGUACAAAUGUAGCUCCUGUCACCUUCUAGGGUUAAAUUAUAAUUAGUGUUAAGUGGUUCGCCCGUAUAGUUGCGCGCGCGGUGCCACGCCGGGGCGCAGGCGCAACCGCAGGGCGAGUGUAUCUCUCUCCUGUACCUACUUGUAUGUGUCAUAAAAUCAUAGUUAGUGCAACUAAUUCUUAGUGUUAUUAAGUAAUUGUAUUUAAUUAGUGGAGUUGAUGUACAUUGAACGGCUUCCUAAGAUGUUUAAUUUACUCUAAUAAAAGAUUAUUCG